AUUUGAAAAGUGGCCAUGGCCUAUGGGAAAUGGGCGGCGCGGCGAUGCUGCAGUGUUGCUCGUGCUUGCUGUUUUAUUGUCUCUCUCUACUUUCUCUCUCUAUCUCUGUCUCUCCCUAACAAUUAGCGGCUCUCCCAAUUCGGGGGCGAAUCUGUCGCUGUAGACUUCCCGCCAAACCAAUGCAGCUCUCAAAUUAUCCGAACAUCAUCAAACGGAAAUCGUUAAUGCACAUUUGGUUUUCAAUUUCCAUCCCAAAAAAGAAAAAAAAAAAAAAAGGGAGAGAGAAAAUAUUAUUUUGGGUGAUAAGGGAAAGCGUUGCAGAGAGCAACAUUAGGGUUUGUUGCCUCUCAUUUCGUUCAUCCGUUUUUAUUCAUUAUGAUGGCGACCCAUCUUCAUCCUGAUCAUCUUGGAGUAUUUUGAUAAUUCUGAGGAUUAAAAAGAGGGAUAUAUAUAUAUAUAUAUAUAUAUAUAUAUAUAUAUUUUCUUAGAUAUGAUAUGAUCUGAAGAUGGACCCUCAUUCUAAUUUUAAAGGGCUAUGGAUUCUCUUCUCUGUAAUUGUCCUCAUUACCUUGGUCCACUCCAAAACUGAUCCAUCUGAUGCUUCUGCUCUCAAUGUCAUGUAUAGUAGCUUGAAUUCUCCUUCAAAACUAAAUGGAUGGAAAUCAAGUGGAGGUGACCCUUGCAGCGAGUCAUGGAAAGGAAUCAAAUGCUCAGGCUCAUCUGUAACUGAAAUUAAAUUAUCUGGCCUUGGACUCACUGGAUCAAUGGGCUACCAGCUUGCAAACUUGAAAUCUGUAUCCUACUUUGAUUUGAGCAAAAACAAAUUGAAGGGUGAUAUACCAUAUCAACUUCCUCCUAAUGCUUCUCACAUAGAUCUUUCUGGGAAUGGUUUCACUGGUGGUAUGCCUUUUUCAAUAUCUCUGAUGAAAGGCCUUAAGUAUCUAAAUCUUGGCCAUAAUCAGAUCAAUGGACAGAUGAGUGAUGUGUUUGGACAGCUUUCUAAACUCUCGGAGCUGGAUCUCUCCUUCAACUCACUGUCAGGGGAUUUGCCUCAGAGUUUUAAGAACCUUUCAAGUCUCACCUCAUUGCAUUUGCAAAACAACAAAUUUACUGGUUCAAUAAAUGCCCUUGCCAGCCUUCCUCUAGAUGAUUUGAAUGUUGCAAAUAACAAAUUUACAGGCUGGGUUCCUGAUGGGCUAAAGGACAUAAAAAAACUUGAGACUGGAGGAAAUUCUUGGUCAUCUGGGCCAGCUCCCCCUUCUCCCCCUGGUCACAAAAGUAAAUCUCGUGCUAAUAAGCAAUCGGAAGAAGAUGGUGAGAAAAAGUCUGGUCUGAGCACAGCAGCCAUUGUUGGAAUAGUUUUGGCUGUUCUUUUGGCAGUUAUAAUCUUGAUUGCUCUAUUCUCGAGAAAAUCUUCUCCUCCUUCACAUUUCCUUGAUGAAGAGAGGCUUAGCCAGCGCAAGCCAUUUACGUCACUUUCAUUCGACGACUUAUCUGAUGACAAACGUAAUGAAAUGCACCGGAAAUUCAAAGAACUUAAGUCGUUGGAAUCGUCUUCUUCAAUUCAUCAUAAGCUGUCGUUCAAUAAUAAUGACUUUGUUAACCGAAUGAAUAUCAAGAGGAGCGGUUCUGUUCGUGUUACAUGUUAUUCUUUGGCAGAUUUGCUGACUGCCACUGGUAACUUUGCAACGGGUCGCCUUCUUGGUGAAGGAUCCAUUGGACGAGUGUAUAGGGCCAAAGAUGCUGAUGGGAAGGUCUUAGCAGUGAAGAAGAUAGACUCAUCAUUUUUCCAAGGUGGGCAAGGGGCAGAUUUUACAAAUAUUGUUACAAACAUCUCCAAGCUUCACCAUCCGAACAUAUCUCAACUUGUUGGGUAUUGUUCAGAACAAGGACAUAACAUGCUAGUCUAUGAGUAUUUCAGGAAUGGUUCACUUCAUGAAUUUCUACACCUGACGGAUGACUUUAGCAAACCACUUACCUGGAACACCAGAGUAAGAAUUGCUCUAGGCACGGCCCGGGCUGUUGAGUACCUGCACGAAGUUUGUUCUCCAUCCUGCAUUCACAAAAACAUCAAGACUUCCAAUAUAUUGCUCGACACCGAACUCAAUCCUUGUCUCUCUGAAUGUGGCUUGGAGAUCUUUCAUCAGAGCGCAAGCCAAAACCUGGGAAAUGGGUACAAUGCUCCAGAAUGCACAGAACCUUCAGCGUUUACACUGAAGAGCGAUGUUUACAGUUUUGGCGUGGUCAUGUUGGAGUUGUUGACAGGUCGAAUGCCUUUUGACAGUUCAAAGCCAAGAUUAGAACAAUCUCUAGUCCGGUGGGCCACCCCUCAGCUCCAUGACAUUGAUGCAUUGGAAAAAAUGGUGGAUCCUGCAUUGCGUGGACUGUAUGCUUCUAAGUCAGUUUCUCGAUUUGCUGAUGUCAUUGCUCUCUGUGUUCAGCCGGAGCCGGAAUUCCGGCCACCCAUGUCUGAGGUGGUGCAGGCAUUAGUCCGGUUGGUUCAGCGAUCAAGUUUGAGAUUAGAUUCCAGUGCUUCUCGUCGGGCGGAUGAUUAUGACUAAUAAUCAGGUUACUGCUAACUCAGCUUGUGGAAAAUGAGAUUUCCAGGUUUACCUCCUGUCAUGCCAUUAAGUGUCUAAAAAGGAUUACAAUAUUUGGCUUAUAAAGAAAGGCUCUUUCAAUCAACAAUACAAAAGGGGAUUCUGUGGGGACAAACAACAGUAUGUGUCUGAAGCCAACUGGUGGUUCUAUGUGUAAAAGUUUGAUAUCAGUUGCUGUUUUUGGGAUUUUAGGUUGUUCAUGUUGUGCCCAUGACAGAUUUUUGUGAUAAAACUCUGGAUAUUAUCAUUAUACUGAAUUUAAUUUUUAAGGGAUGUUUUUUUAUGAUUAAUUGAAUAUGUUCUUGUCUUUACAUUGGGAAAAAAAAAACCUACACCUAUUUUAUAUCAAGUUAUUUUUGUUUAUAUAGCAA